GAGCGCCUGAAGAAGGAGUACGAGAUCUUCCGCGUCAGCAAGAACAACGAGGUGGCCUCCAUGGUGAAGAAGGAGGCCAAACUGGACAGGGAGAACAAGCGGCUGCGCGCCGAACUGCAGGCACUUCAGAAAACUUACCAGAAAAUACUUAGAGAGAAAGAAAGUGCAUUAGAAGCUAAAUACCAAGCCAUGGAGAGAGCUGCUACUUUUGAACAUGAUCGAGACAAAGUUAAAAGGCAAUUCAAGAUUUUUAGGGAAACUAAAGAAAAUGAGAUUCAGGACUUGCUGAGGGCUAAACGAGAGCUAGAAGCUAAACUUCAGAGACUCCAGGCCCAAGGAAUCCAAGUGUUUGAUCCUGAAGAGUCUGAUUCUGAUGACAAUUGUACAGAUGUUACGGCUACUGGGGCACAGUCUGAAUACUGGAAUGGAGGAGCUUUGGGAAGUGAGCCGUCCAUGGGUAGUCUGAUGCAGCUUCAGCAGUCUUUCAGAGGGCCUGAAUUUGCUCAUAGCUCUAUAGAUGUUGAGGGACCAUUUGCAAAUAUAAACAGAGAUGAUUGGGAUGCUGCUGUCGCCAGUUUACUACAGGUUACUCCUCUGUUUUCCCACUCUCUGUGGAGUAACACAGUAAGGUGUUUUAUUAUUAGUACUGAUGAGACUCUACCAGAAGUGGACAUCUUCAUUAGUAACUACUCACCAAAACUUCAAAGAAUCUGUGAAACAAUGGGGUAUUUCUUUCAAGUUGUUCAUUUUUCAGCAGAAAAUGAAAGGCCUGUUAAGGAUGUAAGAAAGUGGGAAAUUGAAAAAAGUUCAUUAGUCAUUUUGCUCCUGCAUUUAACUUUGCCAAGUUGUUUGUUGGAGGACUGUGAAGAAGCCUUCUUGAGAAAUCCAGAAGAAAAACCCCGGCUAAUUUACCACAGAAAGGAGGAGGGCAGAAUCAGUUCAGCUUCAGUGCAACAGUUAAUUGAGCAGAUUUCUUGCAUGAACAAAGCAAAGAUGAUUGAUCAUGUCGGAGGUGUGGAGGAAGGAGCAUAUGAGAUCUAUAACUGUGUGGAAAAGAUAAUUAAACAGGAUUUAUUGGGCUGUGAAAUGACAGAACUAGAAGGCAAGGAUUUGGGUAAUAAGGAAGAGUCCACUGCUCCUGAAGAAGAAGUUUUUGGUGAUGUUUUGUGGGAUGCGCAUGACGAACAAGAACAGAUGGAAGCUUUUCAGCAGGCUUCUAAUUCAACAUGUGAGCUGGGAUUUGAGAAGUAUUUUGAACGUCUAAAUGACCUAGUAGCAGCACCAGCACCAAUUCCACCUCUGCUUGUAUCAGGAGGACCAGGCUCUGGAAAAUCUCUCCUUCUGUCAAAAUGGAUUCAAUUGCAACAGAAACAUUCACCAAACACUCUAAUUCUUUAUCACUUUGUUGGGAGGCCCAUGUCUGCUAGUUCGGAAUCUGCAUUGGUAAUUAAACGCCUUACUUUAAAGCUUAUGCAACACUCAUGGUUAAUGUCACCUCUGACCUUGGAUCCAGCUAAACUUCUGGAAGAGUUUCCCCGCUGGCUGGAAAAGCUUUCUGCACGUCAUCAAGGCAGCAUUAUUAUAAUUAUUGAUUCUAUUGACCAAAUACAGCAAGCUGAGAAGCAUAUGAAAUGGCUGAUAGAUCCACUGCCAGUGAACGUGAGAGUGAUUGUAUCAGUGAAUGUAGAAACAUGUCCACAAGCUUGGAGGUUGUGGCCCACUCUUCAUCUUGAUCCACUGAAUUCCAAAGAUGUUAAAUCUCUCAUUAGUGCAGAAUGUGACUGUGCAAAUGUUAAAUUAACUAAAGAGCAGGAGAAGAAGCUUGAGAGACAUUGUCGUUCUGCCACAACUUGCAAUGCUUUGUAUGUCACUCUCUUGGGCAAAACCAUUGCUUGUGUUGGAAGUACAGGAAAUAUUGAUGAAAUACUUCAACAGUGUUUCCAAUGUCAAGACACAGUGUCACUGUACAGGCUUGUUCUGAGAUCAGUUCAAGAGUCAUUGCGGAGUGAUAAAGAGAAAAGUCUUUUGAAAGAGAUACUGUGUGUCAUCAGUGUUAGCCACAAUGGUGUGAGUGAGUCAGAACUGAUGGAACUUUAUCCUGAACUGUCUUCCACAGUGUUAGCCUCGCUUAUUCACAGCCUGCACAAAAUGUGUUUGCUGACAUACGGCUGUGGUCUGCUAAAGUUCCAGCACCUCCAGGCUUGGGAGAUGGUGAGACUAGAGUAUAUGGAAGAAGGUGAAAAUGUUAUUUCUGCCUAUAGGCAAAAACUAGUGGAAUAUUUCACCAGGCAGCUAAGUCGAGACCGAGUGACUUGGAGAAGUGCAGAUGAACUUCCCUGGCUCUUCCAACAGCAGGGCGAUAAGCAAAAGCUACACAAGUGUCUUCUGAAUCUCUUUGUAUCCCAAAACCUUUACAAAAGGGGACAUUUUGCAGAAUUGCUGAGUUACUGGCAGCUGGUUGGGAAAGAUAAGAGCUCUAUGGCAGCUGAGUAUUUUGACUCUCUGAAAGAAUAUGAAAAAAGCUGUGAGGGAGAGGAAAGUAUGAUCUGCCUGGCUGAUCUUUAUGAGACCCUGGGACGGUUUCUUAAGGACCUAGGUCUUCUCAGUCAGGCUGUAGCUCCUCUGCAGCGGUCUCUGGAGAUUCGAGAGACUGCUCUGGAUCCAGACCACCCGAGGGUGGCGCAGUCACUCCACCAGCUAGCAGGAGUUUAUGUUCAGUGGAAGAAGUUUGGAAAUGCUGAACAGUUGUAUAAACAGGCACUGGAAAUUUCUGAAAAUGCUUAUGGAUCUGAACAUCCUCGAGUAGCCCGUGAACUUGAUGCACUUGCAACCUUAUAUCAAAAGCAGAACAAAUACGAACAAACUGAGCAACUGAGGAAAAAGUCUUUCAAAAUACGGCAAAAAGCGGCAAGGCGGAAAGGCAGUCUG